AUGACCGAUGAUUCUCAAAAGUCCAAUCUUUCGAGCCCAAGGUAUGGCUACGACUUCGUGGUAUCAACCACUGAAGCCAGCAUCAAUUCGGGGCUAAAAGCCUGGCUCAACGAGUCGGAGCAACCUGUCCAGUACAUAUGCUUUCUUGCAGAUGAUCAAGGCAACCCGACCAUCCAGAUUAGCCUCGAUGAUCUACUGGAGAAAACUGGAGGUAUCAACCCGUUCAACAUCCCCACAGGCACCUCGCCAAAAGACCCCGACGUUCAAAAACUCACUGGGGUGCGCUUCAAUGUGGGAAUCAAAAUCAAAAUGGGUCUACCGUCCGGCAUCCUUCCCAAAAGCCUACCAGCGGUCGUGAGUCUCGGAAGCCACGCGAGUAACGUCGUGUUCAGACUUCUUUGCUCCGACUUUGUCAUCGUCCAGAACACCCCACCAGGGUGGAACGAAGGAAGAUGGGAUGUCUGGACCCAGCCAUCCAACGAAGCAUGGUACAUCGAGACGACGGUGGAUCUGGUGAUGGCGAAUCUUGAUAAAAACCUCGACACGACGUACUUGAAUAAUCACCCGGAGCUAAAACAGCAGCUAAAGGACCGGUUGAAGAACCUUUCAGGCACAGCGUUCAGCCUGCAGCAGCUGCUUUUCGACCUCGAUAGCGCGGUGCUGCAGAAACUCCCAUCUAUCAAGGGCCUGCCGGUCGGAUCGCCGGCGGAGCUCGUGCUUCAGAGGUCCUUCAUCUCAGCCUACAGAACUGGUGCCAAGGACAAGGGUCUCCCACUGGUGUCCAUCAUGGCUGUCGCACAGGAACCGGACCCGUCGCCGCUGCAAAUGACAGAUUUUGAGCGUCAGGUGUCUCGCCUCAAGCAAAAUGGUGUGGUGAUUCCGAAUCCGACCCCCAAACAGCAGUCAGCGACCACGCUGGACUAUCUCUGUGCUGUAGACAAUAAGACGCUCCCGCCGGUGACAAGUUUCCCUUGGAAUUGGGUAGGGGAGAACAACGUAGAUUCCCAGAGUGGAGCCAUCGCUGUGAACCGCAAUGCUAUUGCCAAAUUCAUCUUCGACCAAACUCUGCCCGUGUCCAAGUCAUGCUCCAUUCGGUUCGACGUCAAGGUGACUACUGACUGGCUCGGACGGGUGAUAUAUGAGGUGUGGCACUACCCAGGGCAGCAGCCGCAAACGGCCCAGAUUACCGACUCAGGUCCAAAUGUCAUCAAUUUCGAGUACUUCCAUCGUGCCUAUAGUGAAGACAGAUGGGGGGCAUACUAUGGUGACAUGGCUAUUGAGUCUACCUACAAGGCUAAGGUCACCUUCACAGGCAACACUAUCGUUGUGGAGCAGUAUGUAUGCAUCUAUGUCAAUGUCAACUACCUCGGAUCCAGAGAAGGAAUCAACGCAUACAAAAUGACGGUCACAGACACAUACACCAUUUCCGUGGAUCAAUACGGAGGCCUGCAAAUGAUAAAGAACGGCACGCAGAAAUCAGAUGACUCGGAGGACCCCAGCAAGAGUCCCAUCUCGAAUUGGUUCUUCGGCAUCAACAAUCUUGUCAAAGACAUGAAGCGCGAUCUCAGUCAAAUCGCCGACACCAACCUGAAGGAGGUGCCCUUCAGCGAGGUGAAUAACUUUGUUUUCCCUGGCUCCCGUGUGUUUACAUACAAGAAUCCCAGAUUCUCAGAUCAUCAGGACCUAGUGUCUGCCAUCACCUACGUGGAUCCUAGGCGGCAUCGGCCUGAUCCAAAGGCCUGGGAUUUCUCUAUCAAUCAUUCCUCCGAAUUGAUGCAGAAUUAUGUACGAGGUCAGAUCGUGUCUCCGAUGGAGAAAUUUGAGGCAGCGCAGACUGCAAAUGGGCUCUCCUUGCUCUUCUGCAUUGACACGUUGGACGCCUUCAAUGUAAUCAUGGAGCAAAGCGGCGAAACAGCAACCGGAUGGAGGGUUCGAAACCUUGCCUCCAGCAUCCUCAAGGACCAAUUCCGUGGGAAUAACCCCGUUGUCAGCACGUUCAGCGUGGGCCAGAGUGCGGUGGACGGAAGAAUCUCCAUGGCCAUGGCGGUAUCUUCCCAGGGAACCGACACUCUGUUCCUCUCACUGCAGAAUGACAGCCGAGACACAUCGUGGACGGGGAAACCAACUUGGACUCGCAUUCCAUUCGACCCUGUCGGUGUUCAACCUGCAACGAUAACGGUCGCGGGUAUUUUCUUCGCUGAAACCACCGACAUGAAGCAAUACUUGAUUGUCGACAUUGACCGGCCCACUCGCAGGGAAUCGAAGAAAAAUAUUCAACGCUACCAUAUCGAUCCCACAAAAUCGGGUGGACGCUACUGGGUAAAACACGAUGUGCCUGUCGACAUCGAACGCGGAAUUUAUCAGAGUUGCAUCGGUCGGAAAACCAAAGGCUAUGUCGAUGGAAUCUACACGUCUGGUCGAACCGCGGAUAUGCCUCAGCUGGUCUAUGUCCCGAUUGUCAACGUCUGGGGCGAAGGACCGCCUCUUCCUAUUCGCCUCAGCCUCCAGGGGGGUGCGCUUCCAUCGGCGAUUGCUACGGCGCGAUACGACAGCAAGUCUAACGGGAGCCUGUUGUCCACCACUGAUCUGUAUGCAAUUGGCGGCUCUACUCUAUACCGUUUUGGCGCCGACGAGCAAUACGAAGGGGCUGUUCCGAAAACGAUCAUCACGAAUGACUUCCUCUCGAGGACAACCACAUUGCAGGCGAUGACGCACGAUGGAGUGACAACUCUCUGGGGUAAGAACGGGAACAAUCAAGUCUACUACGUGUCGUGCCUGACCUCCAAGGUCACCGACCCGAGCGCAUGGAGCACUCCGGUUCCUGUCCUUGAACGAAUCGAGAAGCUCUCUGCCUAUGUUAGCCGAGCAGACGGGCAGAACACUAUCUUCGCGUCAGGAGGCGGAAGGUUGGUCAAGCUGACACAGGCCACCAACACUCUGGCAAAGAUAUGGAGGCCCCAGGAGAUCAAACUCGAGGCUCCGCCCAGCCUCAAACCACUACCGGUGAAGUCAUAUACGACAACCAUCAGGGUGAGCGAUCCCAAAGCCAACGACAUGCCUUCGAGUAAUGUCAAAGUUUCCGUCAAGGCCGAUUCCCCGACCGCUGUGUAUAUCAACGGGCUCUACUACGUCCUCGGCCCGACCGCAACGGAAAUCGCUACGGACUCUAUGGGCUCAAUUAUGAUCAUGGAAGCGACGGAGGACUUGCACGCGGCGACCCUCUCUGCAACGGUCUUGGGAAAGACGGAGACGAAAUUCAUCAACCCCAUGGAUACUACGUUCAAGAAAAUAACCAACCUGGACACCAAUGAUGCGCUGCGGAACGCAACCUUCCCGGCUGAGACCAAAGCCGGCGGAGUGGUGGGUGACGUUAGCCGGAUUCCGCUCGUCAAGCGCGCAGUCAGCCAGGAGGAUUCCAAAGCCUUAGCGGCCGCCCUAGGACAGUUGAAGAAGGUGCCUGAAAAGCUCCCGGUGCCCAUGGCGUUGGCUCCCAGACGGAAUAGAGGCCGUAUCCCUCGUGUGGUUCCGGCGACCCUGUAUCGUACCUCGCUGGGCGAUAUAGCGAUCGCGGCUGGAGACCUUUUCCGUUGGCUCAAAACAGGCGUGGAAGCCCUAGUCAACAUCGUCUACGAUGCCUUUUCUGACGCUUGGCACUUUGUUGCUAAAAUCGGCGACAAGAUAUACAGAGCGAUUCUGAACACCUUUGACGCGGUGGUUGGCGCAUUCGAGUGGCUGUUUGACACUAUCAAGACCGCGAUCAAGGAUCUGAUCCGCUUCGUGGAGUUCUUGUUUGAAUGGGAUGACAUUCGCCGGACCAAGAAUGUUCUACACAAUGUAACAAAGUUAGCCAUUCAACACUACGCGGUGGACGGCUUAGAGACAGCGAAGGCCCACUUUGGUAAAUACUUCCUGGAAGCCGAGCAAAACCUGGACAAAUGGGGAGGCAUUGAAAACUGGAAAUCCCUCGGCCACGAAGCCUCCAUACCACCAAAAAAGAGCACGGUCAGCCCAGCCAAAGAUCAAAACUCGCCUUCCUUGCUGCUCGCAAAGCACUUCCAGGAUAAUGCCGGCGCCCUAGUAGUCCUUGAUAACCAGGAACUCUCUCUCACGGACAAUAUGCAGCCCCUCUUUGACGCCUUACUUGGCGCAAUCUCGGAGAAGGGUGAUGUGCUCUCAGGGGUCUACGGAAGAAUGCAGAAGGUGGCUACAGAUUUCCAGUCCAACCCUGUUGGGGAGAACAUUAAAGCAGUGGCUGCCAUCUUGGCUAACGGCCUUCUAUCCGGGGUUAAGGUUGUCUUCAACGCCCUAGUAGACGUUCUCUUAGCACUUGCAAAGUCGGCGCUGAAACUCCUGGAUACCAGGAUCCGUGUUCCAAUCAUCUCCGAUAUUCUGGAUCUCCUAGAAGUGCCCGAUAUUACCUUCCUCGACUUGUUUACGUGGGUUGCCGCCGUCGGAUACACGGUGGUAUAUAAGAUCGUCAACAACGAGCCGCCAUUCCCUGACAAUGACCGAAUCAAGGCCAUCAUCUCUGCCCCUACCUGGGACGCCUUGCUCAAAAUCAUCCAGGAGGACGAACAAUCGCGAAGCCAAGCAUUGGCCAGUGGCAAGGAAAUACCCAAGAGCCUCAAGGGGAUGAUUUUCAUCGCCUCUCACGCCACUGCAGGCUUCACCACAUUCUCCGGCAACUUCCUGAAUGUCUUCGAAGCUGAAUCCCCAACAGGAACCAACCCAUUCUCCAUCCCCGCGGCAAUAUCAGGGAUUAUAGCCGCCGGGAUGCAAGUGGGCGGGGACUUCCUUGCUCCUGUCUACCCAGUCGAGAAUACUGCUGUUGACGUGAUAUCGAAAGUCACCGGAGGGAUUGUAAUCAUGAACAAGGUGUUCUUCAGCGGACCUGUACAGAACAAGAUCGGCGCCAAGGCCAGUAAAUUCACCGGACUAAAACUGAAUGACGGCCGGGCCACUGCGGCCAUUAUCGACUCGAUCCUCGUGAUCCCGGGGCUGUUCGUCACCGGGUGGCACUUUUAUGAGCUGAGCAAGAAACCAGAAGGAGCGGUGAGAUCUGCCUCGAUCGUGGGCGAGGUGUCGAAUCUGUCGGCGUAUGUCUCGAGAGUGUCGUACGCGGUGGCUGUGAAUGAUCCGGAUCCGAAUUCGAAGCAAAUUCCGAUAGGCAUUAUGGCUGUUUCUAACGUCAUAACGGGAGGGCUGCAGACAGCGGAGGCUUUUAUUCAGGCGUAUUCUGCGUACUCACAGAUCAAGGAAGUUGCUAGUGACGGGGAGCUUCUGGUGAACGGGAUAGUGCAGAACAUAUAG